AUGAGAUAUCUUUUGUUUCUAUCAAUCUUUGUCUUAGGACCUGCUGUCAAGCUUACAGAUCCAGAUCUGAUUGCUAUGCAAGAAAUGGUUGACGAAAUUAAUAGAGUUCAAGACUCAUGAACUGCUUCUACUGACUGGCUCAGCCAAGUAACAAUUGCUAAAGCUAAAAGUAAGCUGCUGCUCUCAGAGCCAAAGCCAAGAAUAUUCCCAGAAAAAGACUGGGGUACGCUAUUAGAUUACCUCUCAAUCCCAGCAUCUUUCGACUCAAGACAAAAAUGGCCAAACUGCAUUCAUACAGUUCAGAACGAUGAAGGAUGUGAUGGAGGUUGGGCAUAUUCAGCUACUGGUGUUCUUGCAGAUCGAUUUUGCAUAGCUACUAAUGGCACAGUUAAUGUUGUGCUAUCUCCGGGAUUUCUCCUAGUUUGCAUCAUAGAUCCCAUAAUAAUGAACUGUAAUGGAGGAACUGAUGAUGCAGCUUGGCAAUUUUUGUCAAAAAGUGGAACAGUUACAGAAGAAUGCGUUCCUUAUCAUAUAUGAAGUGCAGACGAUCCAUGCCCUAAUCAUUGCAAUGAUCACUCAAAAUUUGUAUAUCCGUUGGUAAAAUUUCUUAUGGACGUUAUACACGCCAUUUUCAUAUGAAAUUUCAAAUUAUGAAUUUGCCGCACUAAAAUCUGCGUUUUGAAACGCACAGUCAGCUUUCACAUACCAAAUUCAAAAUGACAUGCAUAUGCUUGAUAUACCAAUUGUCCGAGGAUGGCGGUAUCUUGCGCCAUCCUCGGGCAAUUCAAAAAUGGCCCCACACCGGGAAUCGAACCCACGUGUGGGGCCAUUUUUGGUGUUUGGCCAACAUCGACUUACACGCACCAAAAAUUGCCCCACACGUGGGUUCGAUUCCCGGUGUGGAGCCAUUUUUUGAAUUGCCCGAGGAUGGCGCGAUCUUACGCCAUCCUCGGGCAAUUCCUAUAAGAAAAUUAAUGCAAUACAUAUAUAUUACAAAGCUAGCAAUGUGAAGAAAUACUCUAAUCCAAGCUCUAUGCAAGCUGCAAUCUUAGCGGGAGGACCUAUUGAAACUCAUCUGAAACUUUAUGAAGAUUUACUGACUUAUAAAGGAGGCAUUUAUAUACAUACAACAGGGAAGCAUAUAGGUCAUACCUCUGUUAAAGUGGUUGGAUGGGGCAAUCAGGGUGGAACGAACUAUUGAAUUGCACAAAACGUUUGGGGAACUCUUUGGGGCCUGAAAGGAUAUUUUUGGAUAGCUUUUGGUCAGUGCGAAGUUGAUACAAACGCUAUAGCUGGAGAUCCUAAAAUUAAAAAUAACUAG